AUGACCAUGGGGCUGUGGUUCCUGUGGAUGCUGGUCGUGACGACAGCGCAGCCGGUGGAGAACGCGCCCCGACGAUGCCUGCUCUCGCACUACCGCUCACUGGAUCCCAAGGUGCUGAAAGCCGCCCUGGCGCUGAGAGACAGCUACGAGGAAGAGACGCUGGGCUGGAGACUCCGCACCUGCUCCUUCCGAUGGAGGCGGGGUCCGCCAAGGCGGUCGUCUUGCGCCCGACUCCGCCACGUGGCCCGCGGCCUCGCUGAUGCCCAGGCCGUGCUGACUAGCCUCCAUCGGCUCGAUCGCUUCCCUGGCGUCGGCCCGACACUGGAGCUGCUGGUGGCGGCCAGGAGAGACGUGGAGACCUGCGUCGAGCUGGUGCGACCACGCUCCUCCAGGAAGUCCUCCCGAGCGACGCGGAGGCGAGCGGAGACGCGCAGGGCGGACCCUCCUCGCUGCCACGAGGCCGCCGUCGUCUUCAACCUGCUGCGGCUGCUCACCUGGGACCUCAGGCUGGUGGCACAGGACGGGCCGUGUGUGUGA